AUGGAGUCAUGCGAGUGUAUAGACACGCCUUAUCCACCAGAUGAACUUCUUGUCAAGUAUCAAUAUAUCUCCGAUGUUUUAAUCGCGCUUGCAUAUUUCUCGAUUCCUGUGGAACUGAUUUAUUUUGUUCAGAAGUCUGCUUUCUUUCCGUAUAGAUGGGUUCUUAUGCAGUUUGGGGCUUUUAUUGUUCUUUGUGGGGCAACUCAUUUUAUAAACUUGUGGACGUUUUCCGCCCACUCUAAAGCUGUUGCUGUUGUAAUGACGAUUGCUAAAGUUUCAUGUGCUAUUGUGUCGUGUGCCACUGCGCUUAUGCUUGUUCAUAUUAUUCCGGAUCUGUUGAGUGUUAAAACCCGUGAGUUGUUUCUUAAGAACAAGGCGGAAGAGCUUGAUAGGGAGAUGGGGCUUAUUCUUACUCAAGAAGAAACUGGAAGGCAUGUGAGAAUGUUGACUCAUGAAAUAAGGAGCACGCUUGAUAGGCAUACGAUUCUUAAGACUACUCUUGUGGAGUUGGGUCGGACUUUAGGAUUGGAGGAAUGUGCAUUGUGGAUGCCGUCAAGGAGUGGUCUUAAUCUGCAGCUUUCUCAUACUUUAACUUAUCAUGUACAAGUUGGGUCUACUGUGCCAACAAACCUUCCUAUUGUCAAUGAAGUCUUCAAUAGCCCGAGAGCUACGCGGAUACCACACACGUGUCCACUUGCCAGGAUAAGACCUCUUGUCGGAAGAUAUGUGCCACCUGAAGUUGUUGCUGUUCGGGUGCCACUUUUGCAUUUGUCAAAUUUCCAAAUUAAUGAUUGGCCUGAUCUUUCAGCAAAAAGCUUUGCAAUCAUGGUUCUCAUUCUCCCUACAGAUAGUGCUAGAAAGUGGCGAGAUCAUGAGUUGGAGCUUGUCGAUGUUGUUGCAGAUCAGGUAGCAGUUGCCCUUUCACAUGCUGCUAUUUUGGAGGAGUCUAUGCGAGCCCGGGACCAACUCAUGGAACAGAACGUUGCUUUAGAUUUAGCUCGGCGAGAAGCUGAAAUGGCAAUUCAUGCUCGCAAUGAUUUCCUUGCAGUCAUGAAUCAUGAAAUGAGGACACCAAUGCAUGCAAUUAUAGCACUCUCAUCACUUCUUUUGGAGACAGAACUGACUCCAGAGCAGAGGGUUAUGAUAGAAACUGUAUUGAAGAGUAGUAAUGUUUUGGCAGCACUUAUCAAUGAUGUUUUAGAUCUGUCCCGACUGGAAGACGGUAGCCUUGAAUUAGAAAUGGGGAAAAUCAACCUUCACGGUGUCUUAGGAGAGGUCAUUGAACUGAUAAAGCCUAUUGCAUCUGUGAAAAAAUUACCAAUUACUUUAAUUCUGGCCCCUGAUCUACCUAAUCAUGCCAUUGGUGAUGAAAAACGGCUUAUGCAAACACUUCUAAACGUUGUGGGUAAUGCUGUCAAAUAUACUAAGGAGGGUUAUGUUUCUAUCAGAGCUUCUGUUGCAAAACCAGAAUCCUUGCAGGAUUGGCGACCGCCUGAGUUCUAUCCAGCAUCAAGUGACGGUCAUUUCUAUAUACGAGUCCAGGUUAAGGAUUCUGGAUGUGGCAUUCUCCCACAAGAUAUUCCGCAUCUCUUUACCAAGUUUACUCAGUCUCAGAGUGGAGCGGGUCGAUCCAGCAGUGGCUCAGGUCUUGGGCUAGCCAUUUGCAAAAGAUUUGUAAAUCUCAUGGGUGGUCACAUUUGGAUGGAAAGCGAAGGACCUGAUAAAGGAAGCACAGCUACAUUUGUAGUCAAACUUGGGAUUUGUGGCAAUCCAGAUUCAUCUGAUCAUCAAGCUACAACCAGAGGCCAAGCAUAUAGUGGAAGCGGAGGCCUUGCUAGAUUUAAACACUUAGUCAAUGACGGCGACAUAGGUUUUUCUAAUAGACGCAAUCAAAGAAGUUUCUAA